AUGAUAGGCCUUCUCUGGGCAGUGUCAGAUCCCAGAACAAGCGUCUGCGCUAGUUCGUGCCAACUUUUGGCACAGCCACAGUCUUUAGCUCACCAGAUUUGCGACGAUGCAGAGAUAUGCAGAACUCACCAUGGCAUAGAUGAUGGGGAAGACAUUGGUUUCACGUGUUUCCCAAGCGGAGGAGGAGCUGAGAGAAGCUCCAUUUUAUUUCGGAAUUCAGUGUUUCGGUACACGUUGAGCUCAUUUUCAAUAUGCAAUGUUCUUGCGGGUGGACGCGUUUUGACAAACUCAGAGAAGCUCAAAGAACUUAAAAGAGAUUGUUUAUGUGCAUGGAUCAAUGGAACUUGCUGCAAGAAGCAAAUCUUGCAGCUUUCUUUUCCUUGUCAACUGAGCCAUUUGAUUUCAGCAUUUGUAUGCAACCAACAGGAUAUGUUUGUAAGAGGUACAGAUACUACCACCGCCACAGUGGAAUGGGCAUUGACAGAGCUUAUUCGCAGCCCAGAGAAAAUGGCAAGGGCAAAGCAAGAAUUAAUCAAAAAAGUUGGCUUAGGAUUUAGUGUCGAGGAGCAGGACAUCCUUCAACUUCCUUAUCUAGAUGCACUCAUGAAAGAAACAAUGAGGCUUCACCCUGCAGCUCCAUUUCUCCUCCAUUGUGCCGAGACAGAUGUUGAAGUUUGUGGUUCUAUCAUUCCAAAACAUACUCAAGUGUUAGUGAAUGUAUGGUCAAUCACGAAGGACCCGGCCUGUUGGAAAGAGCCCACCAAAUUUCAACCAGAAAGGUUUUUGGAUACAGGUAUUGACUUCAGGGGCAGGGAUUUAUGUUUCAUCCCUUUUGGUGCGGGACGGCGAAUUUGCCCUGGAAUGCCACUGGCAGCGAGGAUGGUGAAGUUAUUGUUGGCUAGUCCUGUUCAUAAUUUUGAUUGGAAACUCCCAAAUGGAAUGGAACCGAAAGAUUUGGACAUGAAAGAUAAGUUUGGGCUUACAGUUGAGAAAGCUGAGCCACUUGCUGCCAUUCCUGUGAGGGUUGCAACAUCUUGA